AUGAAGCGGCAGAAUCAACGCGCGAACCCGAAGAAGCGGGUUGCUGCUGGUGAUGCGGUGGAAUACGUGCGGCUGGAAUCUGCGCAGGGCGUGGUGAGGGAGUUGGUUUUGAGCCACUUUGACGGACAUGCGUUUGCAGAGUUGAAGACGCAUUGCAAAGCAGGUUGCAAGGUGGAUCUUCGAAUCUUCCGUGACCGGCCAAGCCGAGCUCGCCUUGAGCUUACAAAGGGCACGGGGCCUCUCAAGAUCCUAGCCAUUGCCGACAUCAUGGAGAUGAAGCGCCUUCGACUAGAAUGUUUGCAGGAGGACUUCCAUGUGGUCCUUGCGUCCACACGGCUGUUGGCUUCGGACACCCACAACAACGACCUUAGGCAGACUCUGAGCAUGUGGCGGCCUGAGUCUGAGAAUGACUGGUUUGCAGUGGCUUGGAGUCCGUCGAUGGCCGCCAAGCAACGGGCCCUGCACGAGUGCGUGGAACAAUGGCAUGAGAAGGAGAGCUUUCUGGAGGCGGCACUCCGCACCGCGCCUGUCAUGUUCGAGACCAUGUGGUGGCGGAGAGUGGUCCUCGAUGAGUUUCAUGAGACGGAAUCUUGGAAGACUGCGGUGCGUGAGGUCUUGAAGUCCAUCGGUGCCACUCACCGGUGGGGUCUCUCCGGCACUCCGCCACUGGGCGACGUGAACUCCGUCUUGGAAGUUGCUGAGCUUCUGAAUUACGUGCAAGAUGAGAGUUCUCCCACUAUGGCACUGGCUUUCAAAAAGGGACAGUCAAGCAAACUGAAGCGAGAGGACAUGCAGAAAAAGCUCCAUGAAGAAUGUCAGGCCAUGAUCUCCGGCUUCGUGCGGCAGAACUCCUCGGCACUCGUCGAAGCCAUUGCUGUAAGAGAACACACCGAGUUCGUGGAACACACGGUAGAGGAGCGCUUGAUCUACCGUCAAGCGUGUCAUGACCACGGCGUCUUCGACCUUGAGGCUGGCUACGGCACUGCGAGCGCAGAGGUGCGGAUGCAGCUCCUCCAGCGAUGUGCUCACUUCUGCCUCCACACUGACGCCGAGGAUGCGUCGGCGGCUGUGCGCCUGCUCGGCGCCAGCAAGCGUGCCCGCAUCCAGGCUUUGCGCCGGCAGCUGGACAUCGAAGCCUGCCGUGCAGCUCUCCUGUCCUCCUGGCCAGAUGCACGGGCUGGCGGGCUCCAGAAUGUCCGGCACCCCGAGGCCGCCAAAUUUGUCGGCGAACUGCUAGAAUCCACCACCGGAGCGAUCAAGGACAAAGACCCAAAUCAGCAGUGCCUAGAGACUAAGAUCGAGCUUUACGACCAGCAUGGUGAAUUGCGGUUGCGUCCGGAAGUGCGCUUGCAGCAGCCCGUGAGAGACACGGAAGUCUACCCACGACUAUCGGAUCGCCACACUGUGCUGCACGCAGUCGUUCGAGCUAGACCGUCAGCACUGUCCGAGGAGAUCCUUUCAGAGAUGGCUAUUUGUGCGCAGACAUGUCGGGGCAGCAAUGUGGCCCAGAACCUCACGAGGGCCCUCGCAGGUGGUUUGCAGACACUCGGCGAGCUCCUGGAUGCAGCGCACCGAAGCUUGGACUUCUAUAACUGGCAGAUGCGUGGAUUACACGGUGCAGAGCUCGCAGGCUACACUUGCUCCAUUUGCUUGUGUCCUGCAGAUUCCUUGGCUGAUCUGGCCAUGCUCCCUUGUUCCCACGUGUUUCACAGGUCUUGCAUUCUUCCAGCUUUGCAUCAGCAGCAUCGCUGCCCGGAGUGCCGCCAAGAAGCCUCGAGUCGCACCAUGUCCUCCGUCCUGCUCGAGGUGCAGGAGCAGGAGCGCUCAGAGCGCGCAGAGCGCGCAGAGCCCGAGGCCAAAGAGCUGUCUCCCGAGCUGCGGAAGCACGGAUCGAAACUCCAUGCCAUUGCAUCGUGCCUCCGCAAGAUCCGGACGGAAGAUGCCACUGCAAAGGCCAUCGUCUUUGUACAAUGGGAAGGGUUGCAAAACAGAGUCGCAGAGGCACUUCGGACUCACCAGCUGCCUGUUCUGCAGCUUCCACGUCGGAGCGGUGGCAGGGCGAUGGCAACAGUCAUGCAAAGGUUUUGCACAGCUGCGGACUGCUUUGUCCUGCUACUUUCCUUGGACAAUGUGGCAUCAGGAACCAAUCUCACAGCAGCCAACCAUGUCUUUUUUGUGCAUCCCAUGAAUGCCGACACACUUAGCACCGCAGUCGCCUACGAGAAGCAGGCGCUUGCUCGAGUUCGUCGUGUUGGACAGAUGAGGAGCGAAGUUCAUGUGUGGCGCUUUGUGACACGGCAUACAGUCGAAGAGCACAUUCACAGCCUCCACCAAAGACAUCAGCAGGCAGCUGGAGGUGCAUGA